AAAUCAAAAUAAAUUACAAGAACGAAACGUAAGAAGAGCACAAGGAUUUCUGGGAGACUCUUCUCCAAUCCCCCCUUUCCCUCCCCUCCAUGGCCACACUCCAGCACGCUCUCCUCACUCCGUCCCCGCUCUGCUGCUGCUCGCACGCCCUCCUCCACCCAAGGUCCAGGAAGAUAUCUCCGAGGUUCCCGGAUGGGGCCUUCUCCAUGGCGAAGCCGUUCUUGCGGCGCGAGCUCUCGGAGAGGGGCGGCACCUUGGCGUGGAGAAUGGCGGGCGGGCGGCGCCUUGGCGUGGCCGGGGCCGGGAAAGGCCCCUUCUUUGGCGGCGGGCGGCGGCAGGGGUCGACCGGCCGCGGCCGGGUCGUGGGGAACCUCGCCUUCGUCGCCCUCGUGGCCUACCUCGUGGUGAGCGGCCAGUUCCGGUGGCUGCUCGACGCCAUCGUCUCCCUCUGGCUCCUCACGGUACUUCUGCCUAUUGUGGGUCUUGGUGCGCUCAUAUUCUUUGCACAACGAAAUAUACUUCAGAGCGAUUGUCCCAACUGUGGAAAAAGCUUCCGGAUACUCAAGACAUCUGUGAAGAAUGGUCCACAAUUCUGUCCUUAUUGCACUCAACCUUUCUCUGUUCAGGGCGAUAAGUUUGUCAGAGAAGCUGCUAGCUUUUCAUCUGGAAGGACCCCUACAAAAGCACAACAAGCCUUCAAUGAGUUAUUCAACCGUGGAUCAAAUGGAAAAGUACCUUCUGGUUCUGGGACGAUUGUAGAUGUUGAGGCUGAAGUCACGGACAUCGAGUGAUAUUUCUUCAGGAGCGCGUCAGGAUCAGUUUUGCCGCUGUUCGUCGGGGGCCAGUUUUUAUCUCCAAUGUUGUAUAAGCCUGUAGCACUCUAGGAAAUAGGUUUGCGGCCUAGUUCCAAGCGACUUCCGAAGCUUAGAUGUGAGACCAGUUGGCAGAUACAGAUCGAAGGCGGAUGUAACAGAUUAACAGGGUUGUGAAUAUUUACAUUGCUUCUUUUGUAUAUUCCCAGGCUUGGAAAUACACCCAGGGUUUUGUAUAUGUAGCAUAUGUUGCAAACUAGGGUGGCGCCUUUGAACAUGUUGUACGUGAUGCUCGAUUACUGAACUAGGGCUUGUUCAUCCAGACCUACUUUCUUUUA